GACGGAGGAGAGAUAGAAGGAGAGAGAGAGAGGGUGAGAGAGGGAGGAGAUGUGACUGACAGAGGGGGGAAGGGGAGGCUCAGUGAGCGACAGACUGCAUGGAGCUGAGGAAUAAAACCUGACGGGAGGCGCUCAGAGGCGGAGAGGGAAGAAAACUGGUGUUAAAACACAGAAGCGGUGCCGAGGCGAGAGAAAGAGGAGACAAAAGAGGGAGAAGGGAGAGAAGGGGAACCCGCACAAAGAGGCUGAGAGGAGCCUCAACAAGUUGCGUCGCUGGUUUUCCGUCUCGGCCGAACGUGAGGAACAGAAGAAAACGGAGGAGAGAAUCUUAGGAGAGUUGCUCGACUUUGCUUCCUCUCCCUCCCUGCUGUUUCCCCUCUGCCUCCUCUGAAUGAUUGAAGCCAUGCCCAUCGUGUCUGCAAGCACAGGUCUGCAUGAGACUCUGGCCCUGCUCACCUCUCAGCUUCACCCCGAUGCCAACCACAAAGAGGACCUGGUCUUCCUCAAAGAUGUCUUCAGUGAGAAAAGCAUCAGUUACCUCAUGAAGAUCCAUGAGAAACUGAAGCAGUAUGAGAAACAGAGCCCCACUCCAGUCCUGCACAGCGCCUCCUGUCUGGCAGAGGACCUGGCAGAAGAGCUUCAGAAUGGACCUCUGGAGGACGACGAGCGAGAGCUGCUUCUGCUGCUGAGCACUCCUCACCUCAAGGCAGUGUUGUCAGCUCACGACACAGUUGCCCAAAAGAAAUUUGACCCGGUGUUGCCACCUCUGCCAGAUGAUCUGGACGACGACCUGGAGGAGGAGUCGGUGAAGAUCGUCCGCCUGGUGAAGAACAAGGAGCCGCUGGGAGCGACUAUUCGAAGAGACGAGGCCACAGGAGCUGUGAUUGUAGCCAGAAUCAUGAGGGGAGGGGCCGCUGACCGCAGUGGUCUGGUGCAUGUAGGGGAUGAGCUUCGGGAGGUUAAUGGAAACCUGAUAACCCACAAAAGGCCAGAUGAAAUUAGUCAGAUUCUGUCUCAGUCACAAGGCUCCAUCACGCUGAAAAUCAUCCCAGCUGUUGCAGAAGAAGACAAACUGAAAGAAAGCAGGGUUUACAUUCGGGCUUUGUUUGACUACACACCAUUUGAGGACAAGGCCACGCCAUGUCAAGAGGCUGGACUUCCUUUUAAGAGAGGGGAUAUUCUUCAGGUUGUGAGUCAAGAGGAUGCUACCUGGUGGCAGGCCAAGAGAGUGGGCGACUGUAACCUGCGCGCCGCCCUCAUCCCCUCCAUACAGUUCCAGGAGAGGCGCCUGAGGUACAGGAUGAAAGUGGGUUCCCUCCCUACCCCUUCGUCGCUCAAAGCAUCGACAUAUGAUCGGACUGAGAGAGAAGACUGUGACAGUAAAGGUGCUCUCAAUGGAAAGGACAUAGUUUCUCCCAAGAGUAAGGCAGCCCCUGCCUUCUGUGGCCAUGCUUUCUCAUGGGAUUUUUACUCAGCCAGCCUUCGACGAAGUUUCCGCCUCAGGAAGGAUCGUCAGGGUUCACCAGGAGAACCGCACACUCCAGACGGCAACCACUCCGAGUUCCUGAUUUAUGAGGAAGUCACACAUUAUCUGGCCCGCCCUAAUGAGAGGCCCCGCCUUAUAGUACUGAUAGGUUCACUUGGAGCUCGGAUCACUGAGCUCAAGCAGAAGGUGAUCGCUGAGAAUCCUCGACGGUAUGGCUUGGCUGUGCCUCACACCACUCGAGCCAGGAAGUGUCAUGAGAGAGAAGGAGUAGAGUACCACUUCAUCAGUAAGGCAGCAUUCGAGGCCGACAUCCAGAGUGGCAAGUUUAUUGAAUAUGGGGAGUAUAAGGAGAAUCUGUACGGGACCAGUUUGGAGUCUAUUCAUAGAACUUUGGAUCAAAACAAGGUCUGCCUGGUGGAUGUGCAGCCGGAGGCACUGAGGACUUUACGAACGGCUGAGUUCAAACCAUACGUCAUCUUUGUAAGGCCUCGCAUCUUUGACGGUCAAAAAAAGCACUUUGGCUCCUCUUCGUCACUCAGCGUAGGAAUCACGGAGGACGACCUCCAGGAAAUGAAGCAGUCGGCAGAGCAGAUGGACGAGAGCUACGGUCAUUGGGUGGACUAUGUCUUGGUGAAAGAGGACCCGGUCAGUGCCUUAGCAGAGCUCCAGGUCGUGCUGGAGAGGGUGCAGAUGGAGCCGCAGUGGGUGCCUGUGUGCUGGUUUUCUACCUUUGGCUGAUUCUACCAGCAGACACUGAAAGGACUCUGAUAGUUCGGCGUCUCAUGUUCACUGUGAGGAUCUUCUGAGUGAAGCCAACAGAAGGAAAACCUCAUCUGGUUGUGAAGAAGGAGAGUAAAUGGACGACAUUCUCAGUGAACCACUUCCUGUUUAGCUUUCACUUACAGAAGGAAAGACCAGGACCUGUUCUCCAGCAGGGCCAGGAAGACCACGACCAAGCGGCCUUGAGAUCUGAGGCAGCGUCUCAGGUGGGUGUCAACGGUGUUCACGGUCAGGUCUGUGGUAAUCCUGUCAAAAAAGAAAACAGAAAAAAGUGUAGAUUAUAAAUCAACAUGUAACCAAAGUACUCUGUGUAUAACGCCAUAGUAUAGGAUGUAGUUCAGAAAAUGUCAAAGUAUAGUAUACUUUUCAAGAAUAACAUAGUAUGGUCUGUAGUUCAUAGUAUAGCACGUGGGCAAAAAAAACCCCAUAGAUUAUUAUGUUGUUCAAAAAGCGCAAAAUGAUAAGAUGUUGAUUAAAAUUGUCAUGUAUGAUAUGUGGUCUAAAAAAUGCAGUAGAAUAAUAGUUCAUUCCACAAGUAAAAGUAUAGUGAUUUUUAAAACUGUUCAAAUUCUUAUAUGUUGCUAAAAAAAAACAGCCAAAAAAACCGUAGUAAUAUGUCAGUUUAAAAAAAGCCUAUAGUAUAGCAUGUCGCUCUACACUCUUCAUAGUAUAGCCUUUGGUCCACGAAACCUUACGUCCCGGCUGUCUGAAGUAGGUGAGGAGCAACACAAAAUGAGUCCAAACGCUGGUUUCGAGAGGGUUAGACGAGUAUUUAUUUGAAAGAGUAAGUUUGCAACAUCACAAUAUGUGAGGGGGUUAAAAGCAAAUGGGUGUUGGUAAAAUAAAAAUUGACAGGGCUGGCCAGUGGUUUCUGGUCUCGGGAUAUUCAGGUCCAGCCCAACAUCAAUACGAAAAAAAACUCUUCCUGUUCACCUCUUAAAACCCAAAAACACACCGCACUAGCACCCUAAACUAAAAUUACCAAUGGGUUCCCUGUUUUCCUUUCUGAACAAUUCAAAGGUCCCUCUCUAUCUCCCCAAACAUCCACCAACCACUGGAACACAUCUCCAAAGUUCUGCUGAAGCUCAGCUUCCCCUCAGAAGAAGUGCCUCAAGAUGAAGGAGCCUUUUGAGAGGCAGCUGGCAUCGUGAUUGGACGGUACUUUGGUCUGUUCAAUCCAGCUUCAGCUCCAGAGAUGGGAGUCAACGGAGGCAUGCAGCUGAGAACAAUCCAGAAAACAACAGAGGAGGAGUGCAGGGACAGAACAAACAGAGUAGCAUAGUAGUCUCUGAGAAAACAUCAUGGCAUAGCCUUUGGUUCAAAAAACGCCAUUGUAUAUUGUACAAAUAACAAGUCAAAGGAAAGAGACAUGCAUUGUAGAAUUGUAGUAAUUGUGGGGUGACUGAUUUACUGAUUAUCAGUAUUUUAUUUUUUACUGAUUUACGGUAAUAAAUCCAUUUUAAAAUGG